UCCGUAUCCAAGUGAUAACACGACAUAGUGACUAGUUAUAUCAUACUGUAAUACAACAAAGAAAGAAAAAAGAAGUAAGGGAUCAUAUUCAGAAGACUUGUAAAAAGAUACAGUACACAUAUACACAUAUCCAUAUACAUAUUAGAUAUAAUGUAAACAAGUGAAUUAUAAUAGAAGGAUAUAAAAAAGAAACCGAAUUAUUCUUAGUAAUUACUAAUGAAAAUUGUGACAAAUCAUUUAAUACUUGUUUAUAUCUUAUUCUACGAUAGUAAAAUUUAUGUUUAUUACUGACAAAAACAAGAACAACAAUAAUAAUAAUAUUCAUAACUGAGAAAUAGAACUAUUAAAGAUUCAAAAUGGAAUAUCAUAUCAAUUACAAUCACUUAUUCGACUGAAAUCUCCUUAUUCAUGAUUUAUUGAAGAGUAUUCAUUAGAUGUUUCUCUUUUUUUUUUCUUCUCUCAGUUCAACGAAUACGGAUUCCAUUAUUGAUUAUUGAUUAAAACAAUAACAACAACAACAACAAUAACAAGAGUAUUGAUUUAUUCAUAAUAAAAUAAAAUAAUGAAUGUAUAUAAUAGUGAAAUUGUAUCAAUCAAAUCAUUGCAUAGUAAUACUAGUCAUGUAUUAUCAUCAUCAUCAUCAUCAUCAUCAUCAUCGAAUUCUUCAUCACAACAAUCAUCUAAUUCAUUAAGAGCACCAUCUAUCACUGGUUUACCCCAAUUGAAAAAUCUUACAGCCACAGAAAUUAAUAAUAUUAAUAAAAAUCCAUUCAUUACAUAUCCAAAUGAUAAAUAUUAUAUAAAAAAUAUACCAAAUAUUAUUAAUACUACUCAUAAUAAUAAUAAUACUACUGAUUUUACUGAUGAAAUCUUUCAAACCAAUGGACAAUUAUUAACUAUUCCAGAUGGAAUGAAUCAUAAUCAUAAUCAUAAUAAUAAUAAUAAUGAAUCAAAUCUAUGGAAUUUGAAUUAUAAUACACAUUCUAUUCAUAAACAUAAAACUAGAAAUAAUACAUUAUUUUGUGGUCCAGGACGUAAACGUUAUUUAAUUGCAUUUUUAUGUUGUACAUGUCUUACUAUUGUUAUUGGUAUGAGAUCAGAAAUGUUAGGUAUUAUAACAAAUUUAAAUAAUACUAAUACACGUAUCACAUUUGGUAUUAAAUAUACAACAAAUAUGAAAUAUCAAAUGGAUUAUAAUCAUCAUCAUCAUCAUUAUCUUCAUAAUCAUAUGAAUCUAUUCAAUAGAUCAAAACAAAUGAAUCAUAUCAAUAUAAAUGGAUCUAUAUAUUCAAAGAAAGAACAUCAAGAAGGAGAACAACAUGAAGAAGAAGAAGAAGAUAAUGAUGAUGAUGAGGAGGAUAUUGAUCAUGAAUUACAUACCGAUUCAAAUAGACUAUUAGAUAAUAUACGUCCAUCAACAUCAUUAAUAUUUAAACCAUCAGAACAUCGUAAAAUGCCAUGGACAGAAACAAUUAAAAAUGAUAUAGUAGAAAAUUCUGUAUUUUUUGCUUAUUUAAUAACAAGUCCAAUAGGUGGUUAUUUAACAGUGAAUUAUGAUUCAUCAUUUUUAUUAGGUAGUUCUGUAGCAAUUACAUGUGGUAUGAAUUUAUUUUUACCACUUGUUGAAACUAUAGGUAAUAAUAUUAAUGCAAAAUUAAUUAUGAUUAUAUUAUUAAGAUUAAUACAAGGUUUAGCUGAAGGUUGUUUAAUACCAUCAGUAUUUGGUAUAUUACGUUUUUGGAGUCCUAUUAAUGAACGUUCAACAUUAGUAUGUUUAUCUGUUAUAGGGGUAUCAUUAGGACCAUUAAUUGGUUUACCAGUAUGUGCUGAAAUUGAAAAAAAAUGGGGUUGGGGUGUUGUAUUUUAUAUUUAUGCUAAUUUAGGUUUAAUAUGGUGUAUAUUUUGGUGGAGAUUAAUUGAUGAAAAACCAAAUAAAGAUAAAAAAUUAAAUAAAUAUGAAUUAAAUUAUUUAAAAUCAACAAUAUCUAAUCGUAUAUUAUAUAAUCAUAAUUAUACUCCGAUACCAUGGAAUAAAAUAUUUACAUCACGUCCUGUAUAUGCUAUAUUAUUUACAUAUGCUGCAGAUGAUUGGACAUUUCAAAUAUCAUCAGUAUGUAUGCAAUCAUUUUAUCAACAAAUUUAUAAUGUCGAUGUAGAACGUACUAUAUUUUUUUUAUCAUUCCCUUUUUUAUCAAGAUCAAUAUUUGUACCAAUUGGUGGAAUAUUUGCAGACUUGUUAAGAAUUAAUACUAAAUUAUCACGAACUACAAUACAUAAAUUAUUUGCUGGAUUAGGAUUUGGAUUAAAAGGUAUAUUCUUUAUAGCACUUGGUUAUGCACCAUCUGAAAUCUAUGCAACAAUGUUACUUUCAUUGGCAUUAGGUUUCUCUGGAUUGGCAGUAGCAGGCUACGCUGUAAAUGUGAUUGAUUUAGCUCCUAAUUUCUCAGGUUUGGUUAUGGGAUUCGCUAAUAGUGAUACUGGGCAGCCCAGUAUUGGUCAUCAUAUGGGUCCUUUAGAAACUGGUCAAAUAUAUUCCGGAGGAUCAUGUGAAGUUUUUUCUCAUCUAAUUGGUGCUCGUGGUAAAGAUGUUUUAUAUGUUGGUGAUCAUGUUUAUGGUGAUAUAUUAAAAUCGAAAAAAACUGUCGGUUGGAGAACAUAUUUAAUUAUACCAGAAUUAGCAAAUGAAAUAUAUGUAUGGAAAAAAAAGAAAUCAUUAUUUGAUGAAUUACAAAAAAUUGAUAAUAAUUUAGAAACAAUCUAUCGUGAUUUGAAUAUCUCAUCGAAUAUAAGACCGGAUGUUGGAGAUUUACAGAGAAAAAUUCGGGCUGUGGCUCAACGAAUGGAAGAAUCUUAUGGUGCAUUGGGAAGUAUUUUCCGAAACGCUUGAAUGUAGCUGAAUUGAAUUGAUAGUAAGAAUGAAUUUAAUGUAUAUUAAAUUCUUAGUUGUUCUUGUUCCAUUUCAAUUUCAUAUAGAUUAUCGACUGAUUGUAUUAUAAUCUUGAGUUAAACCUCAAUUAUAAUUCGUUGGUAAAUAUGUUACAUUUAUUUCAGUCUCCAUGACAUAUAUACACAUCUAUUUUGGGCGGUUGUUUGAAUCUAAUAUUAUAAUCCACUAUUAACCUAACCCAACCACACACAUUACUGAGAAAAUCAAGAGUGAGCAAGAAGCUUUUAUUGGUCGACCACAAACAAAAUAUACGCACUAACUCGUUCUUUAUACGUAUAAGAAGUUAUGAGCAAUUCAGAAUCUCAGAAUUCGGGGAAAGAUAAAGAACAGAUGCACCUGCGCCACGUCAAACGAUUUUAAGCCAUGUCAUUUAAAGUCUAAGCGUUGGUUUUGAUGCUCGCGCAGACCACAAUCAAGUAGUCUACACCUAUUAUCAUGGCUCAAUUCAAUUGUCAAUGAUUUCAUGUACUGAUGCCAUGUAUCGGUUUGGCUGCCUCUAGCUUUUUCCCAUCUUAUUCCUGCACCAGAAAGCAUCACUCGUCAAGAUAGACAAUAGUUGGACAUACAUAACACAUUUCCCAACCACCUCAGUUGACGAAAAUUCACUUGCUCAUCAGUCGAUUUCCCACCUUUACCAAAAACUCUAUUUCUAACCCCAAGCAUUGCUUACUUCUUGAUCCCAAAACUUGCAACUAGUCGGCUCAAAAAUCUUGCCUGAAAAUAUAUUAAGCAUGAUUAUUAUUUAUUUGAGAGUUUAGCAUAUAUAAUUGUAAAGGAUUUUAGAUCAGCAUUAUUAUGCUUCCUUCUGAUUGAUUGAUCCGCAAUUAACGGCCAAUGUCGUAUUUGUACAGUUCGUUAGUAGUGAUAGAAUUUCACGGAUUAUAAAGGAUUAUGGCCAUUAGUCUAGGUAAUUCGACAUUAAGUGUCCUGUUGGUAAAUACGUUAGACAAUUGCCAUGUUAAGUAUUUCUAUUAGUGAGUUGAGUGUUUUGCUUUAUAAUGAAAAUUAACGUUUAGAUCAUUGAAAUAUGAAAACACAAUGUACACUAUAAUUACUCAUUAUUUAUAAGUCUCUUUUUUUCUGUGUUAUAUUAUUGAUUUUUAUCUUAUUUCAGGUUCUCGUCAUACAUUCUUCUCAUCUCAAGUAUUACGUUAUGCCGAUUUAUAUUCUUUCUCUUGUAUUAAUCUAAUCUAUUAUCCUUUAUGUUAUAUGUUUCGUGCACCAGCUAUGCUUAUGCCUCAUGAAUCAACUGUAUCUCAUGGUGAUUCACCAAAAGAUAGUUUUUCCGAUUUAGAUGCUUUACCGUGUGGAAUUCGUCGACGUACUAAAAAUGAAAUCACUCCAUUAUCAACGGACAUAAAUGGUCUUAACUCUACUUUGGAGAGUUCACUUUAUUGUAAGAGUAAUAAUAAUACUAUUUGUGAAUCUGAUGAAGAACAGGAUGAUUCACUUGAUUCCGAUUAAAGUUAUUGAACUUCACCAAAUUUUUUUUCUCUCUCACAAUUGGUUCUAUUAUUCUUAUCAAUGUAAACACGCUUAAGGAAUAAAGAAAAUAAUAAUAAGAGAAAAUUAAAAUAGAGAAAAUUGAAAAGAAAAAAAAGUGUACAUGUACACACACACACACACACACACCUACAUACAUACACAUACACGCUCAAACAAAUAAACAAACAUAAUCGCUUAUUAUAUAAAUAUAAAUAUGUUAAUCAAAACUUACUACCUACAUUGCCUGAUCAUUGUUAAUGUCUAUUCCAUUUAGUCAAUAUACACAUACACUUUUUAUUGUAUUUCUAGUCCGAUUCAAUAUGAUGAUUAGUAGAAUGAAUAUGAUAAUUAAAGCGAAUGAUUUUUGCGUUGUUUGUUUUUUUAUUAUUUAAUUAUUUAUUAUUUUUAUUGAUCAUUGAACAAUUGAAAUCCUGCGGGUUUUUUUAAAAAAAUAUCUAAUAACAAUGAAUUCACUGUUGAUUUAAUCAUUCAAUGGAAAUUAUUUUUAAUUCAAAUCAUCUUGAUGAUUGAUUGAUUGAUUGGUGACGACGCCUUACUUACUUACCUACGCCUGUUACUCCUGAUGAAGGAGUAUAGGCCGCUCACCAGCAUUCUCCACGCCUACAUUCUUAUAAUUAACCAUUUGAUUUCAUUAUCAUGAUUAUUAAUUAGUAUGAUUGUUUUGUCACUAAGUGAUGAUAAGAAUGUUUUACCUCUAAAAAAAAUGAUUGUUUUCUCUUAAUCCAUCUAUCUAUCUAUCUCCAUCCGUCAUUAUUGUUUACCGAUGAAGAAAUAUAUCAAAAAAAAGAAAAGGAAAAAAAAGUAAUCCGAUAGGAUGGGAAAAUUUGGUGAAUUUAUUUCAAAUAUAUAUCUAUAUAUAAGAAAUGAUUAGUUAUUUGGUGCUUUACAUAAUGGAUCUCAUUGUUUCAAAUCAUCAUUCAACUCAAUAUAUCAUAUGUACUACAUAUAUAUAUA